AUGGCAUUUAAUGCAUAUAAAUUGACAGCUGCUGCCUAUGCUAAUGAUAAUGAAAAUUUAAUUUCACAGUGUCUUAAUAAUGCUUAUGGAAAUUUUAAAGAUCUUUCUCAUUCAACUUUUAAUUGUUAUAAAAAUGAUGAUAGUUGUACUGGAAUUUAUGCCGUAUUUCCUAGUAAAAAUUUAACAAUUAUUUCAUUUAGAGGAACAAAAAAUUUUUUGUCAUAUUUCCAUCAAAUUGAGAAUGCCUAUAAUUUUGUUCAGUAUAGUGAGGUUACAUCAAAUUAUGGAUAUGUUGAAAAAUACUAUAAAUCUGUAGCAGAUGAUGUUUUUAAUAAAUUUAUUGUAAAAAAUAUUAAUGCUGCACCACAAAAUAUGAAAUAUAUAAUUACUGGUCAUUCACUUGGAGGUGCAUUAGCUGUAAUGACGGCAUUAAAACUUGUUGUUACAUUAACUGCCAAACCAGAAGAUAUUCAGGUUAUUACUUUUGGUGAACCUAGAAUUGGUGAUUAUCAAUUUGCUGAAUUUGUUCAAGGAAACCUUCCAACUCUUUUCCGUCUUGUUCACAAUAAAGAUAUCAUUCCACAUUUUCCUGGUUGUACUACAAAAGCUGGAGAUGCAACAGUAUGCCUUCGACUAUCACAAAAACCUUUUCAUCAUACUCAAGAAGUUUUUUAUAACAAUGACAAAGAUAAUUCUCAAUAUACUUUGUGUGAUAAAGAUAACGGUGAAGAUUCAAAAUGUGCUGAUAGUUUAAAUGUUGUUGAUAAUAUAGAAGGAUUAAUUUCAAAUUAUCAUAAUACUUAUUUUGGCAUUAAUAUUCAAAAAUAUGGAGAAAGUGGAUGUCAAAAUUCGGCAUAUCGUACAUUUUCUUAUAUAUUUUAUAUUUUUGUUAUAAUUAAAUUAUUAAGUAAUAUUUUGUGA